CCACCCCUGCUCCAGCUUCACCAGUCUGCAGCCUUUCAUCAGACCCAAGAGUGUUUCGGUAGCCUGUGCACUGCUGCUGUUACUGCACGUCCUUUUACCCCAGUUGAAAUGGCCUUCUCUACCGCACAGAAGGCUAUACUAGGUGUUGCUGGCCUUGGCGCCGUGGGCUUUGGCGGAUACUUCGUCGUUCAGCAGGCGGAAGUCCGGAAAUACGAGAAAGACCGUGCGGACAUUGUUUCGCUUAUCGAUACGGAGAAGAAGCGUGCUGCGACAGCGACAAAGGCGCAGAGCGGAGCGGAAGAGCGUAUCGCCGAGCUGCAGCUGGCGGAGCAGCAGAGCUUUAAGGCGAUUAAGGACCUCGAGCUCAAGCUCGAUGCGGCUCGUAAGCAGGUUCAGCAGCUGGAGCAGCAGCUAAACUCGAAGACGGAGGACCUGAAGGCCAAGCAGACUGACCUGGCGGCGGCGCACCAACGGCUGGCUGAGCUGAAGAACGAGGCGGAGCGCGCCAAGCAGUCGGUCACCAUGGGCGAGCGCAGCCUGGCGCUGGCGGCCGCCAAGGUGACGGAGGCCAAGGCGCUGACCAACCCGCUCAACCACCCCAAGGUGAAGGAGCUGCUCGGGAAGAAGUAAGCGGGCGUGCGAGGAGGCGAGGAAGCAGGCAUGAGGAGGGGGAGGAGAUGCUGUAGAAGGUGGUGCAGGCGGAGAAGCAGGGCCGAGGCAGCUUGAGCGGAGCGAAAGCAGCGGCGAAAGCAACAGGCGAAGGAGCAAGCGGACGUGCAUGCGGCGGAGUGUAGCAUGCAGAGGCGCUGGAGCAGUUGCUUGUGGGCAUUUGGUGGAGCAGUUAGCAGUUCAGAGGGCCGGAUCGGCUGAGGUUGCAAAUUGCAAGUACCGUAGCACGGACUCUUGAAAAAAACAAGGGUGCGUGGGCAUCGCGUGUGGGCCAAUUGGCCUGCAAUGUUUGUUUGUUGCUUUGGUACGACAAAUUCUUUGGUGGUACUGGGCCUUCACAUUGCUGUUGCAGUGGUGGCAGUUCGGGGCGAGGGGGCAAGGGUCCGCUGGCCUGCCGCCUGCGUAGUGCGCGCGGUGCUGCUGCGCGGAGGCGGCAGCCGGCAGCACCGGCUCGUGCGGGCACAGGGUGCGGAUCGGAAGGGCGACGCCCGACACCCAGGCUUAUGACAAAAUAGUAGGAGAGGAGGGGCUGGCUGGUUGCGUGCGCGUUGCGCAGCAUGGCAGGGGUAACGGAGUGCUAGCGCAAUGCAAGUUCUGCUGCACUGAGAGUAAGAGGAGGCGAAACGGGCUGUAACUGGCCUAUUGUGCACCUGCUGAGGCACUAUCCAGGGCCGUGCCGGGUUGUCAUGGCAGACGGCCGUUCAACUGUUUAAGUGUGCAAACCCC